UGGCCAAGCGUCGUACCCUUCCACCGUGACACGCGUCACGGUUGUUUGGAAUUACUAUUAUCUAAGUAGCUUAUCAUGAAACAAUCCGGCCUUCCUCCGUCCACCCCAAUGAUUGAAUGAGUUCCCAUUUUUCGGCAACGCGCACACGUUUGACAAAACCCCUCUAAAAACAGAUCUGCUCCCCACCGCUUUGGCUCUCACUGCAUCAGCCACCAAACGUUAGUAGCUGCUGGGUGACUUUGUUUCGCUGAGUGGCCUGGCACGGAAAGAAAUGACGAUAAACAGAUACACUUUAACAAAACUAAAAAAAACAAAAGCUCUUCCCUCUCACCGGGCGUUGGGGUCUGCAACUCCAAGCAGCCCAAGAUGCGCACCAACAGUGACGCAAAACCAAGCCGCCACCGUGUGAAGUGUGUGUGUGUGUGCCCGUACCGAACGCUGUGUUGGUGCGUCAGUUUUGUGGGCCCGUGCGCGUUCGGCUCGGUUUGGGUUCUCACCCGAAAAAUGUUAUAUAUAAGAGGCGCAGACCAGGUGGCCCACAAACCAAAGACGUCGAUGGUAGACGGUCGGUGGCAGACGGUUGAACUAUCCAAAAUUUCUGCACGUGCUAAUAUCCCGAACCGUCAAACGCAGAAGGUAGAGCGUUAAAAACAGCACCAAAACCACCCGAGGACAACGAUUAGACUGGUUAAUCGUGUGAGAUCGUUCGCCCACUGGUCCGCCCGAAGGACCCAUGACUGGAUCUCCGGGUUGUUUUCCCAAAUUCUUCGCGAAACGGCAAAUGUGAUCAUUAACCUGCGCGUCUGCCCAAAGUGACAGUCUGUGUCUGUGUGUGCGUGCGCGCGUGUCAACAUAUAUACCGGAAUAGCAAGAAUUCUUGCCUCCAGGGGUUUCGAGACCUGUGGCAAACAGUCUAGUGUGGUGUGAACUGUUGUACGAAGUGUUUGCUUCGAGCUGCUGCGCUUGUGCUCGUGAUCGUGAAGCGAAGUGUAGAGCGGUUUUGGUGUGACGGGACUUCUAGGCGAACUUUAUACCCGUGGUGCAAUUGUUGUGUGGUGGGCACAAUGACGGUCGCAACCACAACCGAAACCGUCCCCGGGACGGUCCUGGCCGCGCAGGAUGUUAACGUGACCAACGCACCGAAACCGGACGCGGGCAACGAUUUGAACAACAACUCGCACGGCAAGGACAUGGGCGACAGCAAGGAGCUCACCAGCAAGGAUCUGGACGACUAUCUGCAUCAUUACAACAAAUGGCAGCAGAGCCGGUUCGGCCGAGCCCUGCAGCAGUGGAUUGCGGACCAUCUCGGGCUGAAGUUCGAUGCCGAGAUCAAGUGGAAGAACGUGCUCAUGAUCGGUGGGCUGCAUCUGACCACGGUCAUAAUGUUCUUCAAAUACGUCUGGUACUCGACGCUGACGACGUGGCUGUGGGGUUUCUUCGUCGGCGGCUGUGCCGGGUUCGGCGUUACGGCCGGUGCCCACCGGCUCUGGACGCACCGGGCGUACAAGGCGAAGCUGCCGCUGCGCAUCAUCCUGAUGUGCUGCUACUGUCUGUCCGGCCAGAACAGCCUGUUCGACUGGGUGCGGGACCAUCGCAUCCACCACAAGUACUCGGAGACGGAUGCCGACCCGCACAACUCGAACCGGGGCUUCUUCUACGCCCACGUCGGCUGGCUGCUGAUCCGCAAGCAUCCGGAGUGCAUCAAGAAGGGCCGGCUGAUCGACAUGUCGGACGUGCUGGCCGACCCGGUGAUCCAGUUCCACCAGCGCUACUUUAUGGCGCUGAAGAUCCUGUUCACGUUCCUGGUGCCGUCCAUGGUGCCGUGGCUGUUCCUGGGCGAACCGCUCUACCUAUCCUUCCUGGCCAACUGUCUGCUGCGGUACGUGCUGACGCUCAACUUCACCUGGCUGGUGAACAGUGCGGCCCACAUCUACGGCAACAAACCGUACGAUAGUCGCAUCCGACCGGCCGAAAACCGUGCCGUAUCGAUCGUGUCGAUGGGCGAAGGAUGGCACAACUACCAUCACGUGUUCCCGUGGGACUACAAGGCAGCCGAGAUGGGCCAUUACUCGGUUAAUGUGACCACAUUCUGGCUAGACGUGUUCGCCAAGAUUGGCUGGGCGUACGAUUUGAAGGAACCGUCCAAGGAGCUGGUGCGCCGCACGUUGGAAAAAUACGGGGAUGGCACGCACAUUACGGCACCGAUCGGGCACCUGAAGGAGGUUCCCGAGCAGGAAACGACCAAAAGCAGAUAAAGAAGCCCGCGUGCGCCAUCUCCACCGGGCCAAUCUUCACAGGGUAAUCUUGCGAAAUUCGAUUUCACAACCGGAUGCUGGUGUUGGUGCAAAACAGAGCGGAAAAAAAACUCAACGCGAUCCAACGGACGAGCAAAAAUAAAAACACACACACCCAGAAUGCUCUGGCACCAUCAAGGCGCACCAAAUUAAUCUCAAGUGAUCGGGCGUUUUUAUAAUGCUGUUGUGUUUUUAUGUGUUUUCCAUUUUCGGGGCAAUACGGCUUACGGUGCAGCCCGCCCGAUGGUAAGCUGGAAAUGGGGAGGGCAGUGGGGGCAGAAUGAAUUGGGAACUGUAUUUAAGAAUAAAAGAGCUUUUUUAAAUAAACAAUCAAUAGACUGGUUCGUAACAAA